GUCCGUCUUACGCACCAGACGUGUCAUAUUAUUGACGUUAGAUGUAAAAAUUACGAUAAAAUUUCGUAAAAUAUGAUAAACUAUGUUAAAAUCCUUCACCGUUUUCGUGGUGUGUUUAAUUAUUGAAUCGAUAAGUUAUAUUCGUGUUUAAAUUACCAUUGUAUUGUUGUGCCAGUGUUGUUUUUAUCGACAAUUUUGGAAGAUCUGCCGCAAUAGAGUGCGCGUGCGCGAUGCGCGGGCGUGCGCCCACGUGCCGACGCUUGGCGAUCUUUUUGAUCGCUCUCUGCGCAGGCGCGGCGCUCGCUACUGCGCUCGCUUGGAACUCCAUCUUCGAAUCUGCAUUUAAUUCUCAAAUUAAGUUAUCGCCUCAAGCCCGAGGCUACAACGACUGGGUGGCGCCAUCUGUACCGCUAUUCUUCGACGUGUAUCUCUUCAACUGGACCAACGCGGAACAGUUUCCUGAAGAAAUACCAGAUUUGGUUGAAAUAGGACCAUACCGUUUUCGUGAACACCGACGUCACGUGAACGUUACAUUUCACCCCCAGAACCACUCCGUGUCGUACCGAACGCAACGGAGCUGGUACUUCGACGAGACCAGCAAUGGUACCCUACAGGACAACAUUACUAUCCUCAACGUCAUCGCAGCCUCGGCUAUCUACCGAUCUCGACAUUGGGGCUUUCUUAGACAAAAGGGCUUGUCAAUGGGACUGGCCAUGUUUGGCCACGGUAUGUCCAUUUCAAGGCUUGCUGGAGAGCUUCUCUUUGACGGUUACGAAGAUCCACUACUGGAUCUUGCGAAGAGUCUACCAUCGAGUACUACUGGUGGAGCGCCACCUGUUGACAGAUUUGGAUUGUUUUAUGAGAGAAAUAACUCAAUGGACACAGAAGGUCUUGUGGAGGUGACGACAGGAGAGGUGAGCGGGACAUUGCCGGGACAAAUACUUAGAUGGAACAACUAUGAAACCUUACCCUAUUACAGUGGAGAAUGUGCUAAGAUAACAGGAAGCGCGGGUGAAUUUAUGCCACAUAAUCUCACCGAAGAAGGCACGCUCACGAUGUUCGUGCCAGAUUUGUGCCGAACUGUCAACUUGGAGUAUGAAAAAAGUGGUAUCUACGACGGUCUUCCGUAUCACAAGUACACCAUGACUGAGAUCAGCUUCGACAAUUCAACAAGAACACCAGUGAACUCGUGUUUUUGCAACGGUGAUUGCGGAUGGGGUGGUUUGAUGAACGUCUCAGCGUGUCGUUACGGCAGUCCAUCCUUCCUUUCGCUCCCUCAUUUUCUGCACGGUGAUCCGGAACUGAGGGAGAAGGUGCGGGGAAUGAACCCAGAUCCAGAGCUACAUUCGUUUUAUUUCGCUAUUGAACCUAGACUCGGGGUUCCGUUGGACGUGGCCGGGAGAUUUCAAUACAACGUGUUUAUUGAACCCUGCCCUAACAUAGCUCUCUACGAACACGUUCCCAAAAUGAUGUUCCCAAUAUUUUGGGUGGAGCAACACGUGCGAGUGAGCAGCGAGGUGACGGCGGAGCUGCGCAUGGUGCGCGGCAUUCUGGACUGGGGCGGCGCGGUGUGCGCGUGCGCCGCGCUGCUGUUCGCCAGCCUCGUGCUGCUCGCCACGUGCUGCACCAAGAAGUCCCAGUACACCAAACCAGAGGAGAUCAUCUCGGAGAAGCCUAAAGAUGAAGCUGAAAUCAAAUUAACAUCUAUCUAACUGACAAGUUUCUCAAAAAAGGACUUGAAAUAUUUUGUGUUCUCAUCAGCGUCAGCUCUAAUCUAUAACAGCUUAUCAGGGUAAAACAUCAAUAUGUUUUGGUGGUUUUUGUGCCCUUUCAUAUCAGUGCCAUAGUAGCUUUGACCUCUACAAUUAUCCAUAUCUCAGUCAUUUUCUGUAUCACCUUUUCUGGCGCCUCUCCCCAUCUAACGCACAAAGCCCAGAGUCGACGUUGAUGUUUACAACAAAAUCCUAUACGAAUUUUGUAUCUCGUGUCUAAUUUGCACGCCUUUUGGAAUACUUCCAUUAUGUCGGUAAACGAUUGACUCUAUACUUUCAUGAUUUACAUGACAAUGUAAAAAUAAUUGUUAUAGAAUUGAGAUAUUUGAAAAUGUUAAUUUAAAUAGAAGAGCGAUAACAAAACAUCGCUAUUUUAUGAAAUAACUAAUUCUUAGCCAAGAGUUUUAAUAAAAUACUGACUGGAUCUGGAUUCAACGUCAUUAUUUUAAAAUAAUAUAAAUAAUUUUCUACAAUGUUAGGUUAGUGUUAGAUGUCAAACAUUUGAACAUCGGCUAGCCUAGGCUGAGCUAGGGACCUAAUAUCAUGACAAGAAUAACACCUUUACCUUUAGGUAUUGUGUUUAAAUAUAUAAUUUAUUAACGAAGAUGCAUUCCGAAGUAAUAUUCCAUGGAGAAUGUGCAAAAAUGACAUUAAUGAUAAUAAUUAAAACAAAUUGUUACAUUCUUUAACAAUUGAUUAAAAAUAUGAAUAAUAUAAUAGUAACGAUAAAUACGCUCGUAAUUUCCGACCACUGAGAGAACGCGUUUCUAGCAGUUACGCGACGAAAUUGACGAUAACUGUGAAGUGUCGUAGUAUUAACGAUAAAAUAUUAUCAUUUGCCGUACGAACGAACUAUCUCAACUUGCGAUUAAUUUUAAAGCUUAAUGAUAAAUUUAAUUUUAAAUUAAUUAGGAAUAAAAAUGUUUUAAAGUCCAUACUGUGCCAUUACAAGUAUGUUUAUUUUUAUAAUAUCAUCGCCACUCGACAGACAGGAAAGCACUUUCUCAGCGGUACUUUAGCUGAGAAUUUCAUUCUUAUGCACAAUAUCAUAUAUAAUAUAUAAAAAAAUACGAUAUCAUUAAAAUUGCCAUUUAACUGGACCUGUAAAUAGCACUUCAACUGCUUGAAAAAGUAAUAUUAUAAUUCGUAAUAUGGACUUUAUUAACAGUUUUAUUAUUGUGUUCUGGUUUUAAGACUGAGCAAGCCGUUGUAACUACAAAGAUAAAGGACAUAACAUCUUAGAUCCCAAGGUCAAUGGUAGCCAUUUCUAUCAAACGGCCUAAAUAUCUGCGUUAAAAUAAAUUAAGAUAAAACCCUUCAAAUUAUUCAUUUCAAUUUUACUUGCACGCAAUUAUUAGCUAUGUGAAUUAUGACAGGCGCUUUAAUACCGUUACAUUAUUAGUAUGAUGAGACCGUUUCAUGAGAGAUGUAUUUUUUGUAAAAAUCAGUUCAAUAUAACAAGUUUUGACUUAUUUUAAAUAAGAGAUAAAUGUUUAUUAGAAGAUGAAUAUUGUUUUUUUUUUUAAGUUAUGCACUGUUGCAGAAUGUGAAUGGACCAAUUCAGUGAUUAUAAAACUUGUCGACAGUUGAAAUUAAAGUGAUAAGGUGUUAUGUUUUAUUAAAUGAUUUUUAAUUAUUAGAUUAAACAAUGUUCUCUUGGUAGACUGGUUGGAUUUAUGUUAUAGAAUUUAUAAGGAUUAUAUGUGUCAGUCGAAAUUGCCUAUUUGUUUUAUGUAAGUUAUAAAAAAAUAAUUAUUUUUAAGUUGUGAGAUUUAGAUAUUAAAUACUUUGAUAAAAUGUAUUUACUAAUAAUAAGUUCAGUUGCAGUGUGGUGGUUGUUGUAUAUAUCUUAGGGUUGCCAUUUUAAAAAAUACAAAUAUUAAUUGAAAAAAGGUUUAAUUAUCAAGAUAAGAACUAUAAAGAUAUAUUUAACUACAUUGCUACAUAUUAUAAAUUGUUUUUUUUU